UAGGGAAGUGAGUUAAAAAAAGGAAAAGUGCGCGGUUGCAACAAAAUAAUUGACAUGGAUUCGUAAAGUUUUAUUGUGAAAAUCACACGACUCCGGCACAUCAUUUUGCAUAUAACACUUUCCUUGUGUUGUGAUUGGAUGAUGACGCGGUGAUGUCAUCGCAGCGCCGGGUCAACCUCAGCCGAACACUUCCUGUUUGAGACUGGACUGUUGUGUGUGUGUGUGUGUGUGUGUGUGAGAUAGAGCGAGCGUAACCAAUGGCAACAGCCCGUCUGCCCCAACGCGGGCUUCCACUUGGAGCCAGUUGCCAUGGUAACGCCGCCUUCUGCGUGCUUUCAAUUUGAGGACGGGAACAUGUUACUGCUGCAGGCACAGCACCGUGCCCCUCCCCCACAGAUCCAUGACAUCAUCACACACACACACACACACACACACACACACACACACACACACUGGCUGUGGCGGCGCGCGGGCGAAGACGAGGGAAGAAGAAGAAGAAGACGAAGACGAGGAUGGAGUCUGAGGAGAACGCGCUGCACUCCUUCCUGCUGCUGCUGCUGCUGGCCACUUCCUUCACUCAGGUGGGCCCGGCGGCCCCCCGCCAGCAGGAGCGGGCCCAGGAGGACCAGUGGCACGUGUUCAGCUCCGCCCAGGACGCGGCGGGGCGCUGCGUGUGCACGGUGGUGACCCCGCAGGACGGCCUGUGCUCCAGGGACACCCGCGCCAGGCAGGUGCGCCACCUGCUGGAGAAGGUGCAGAACAUGAGCCGCUCCAUCGAAGUCCUGGACCAGCGCACGCGGCGAGACCUGCACGUGGUGGAGAAGAUGGAGGCGGAGCUAAAAGGCCUGGAGAACAAGUUCAAGCAGGUGGAGGAGGGGCAUGAGAGCAACGCCGCCCGGCAGUACCAGUCCAUCAAGGUGAAGAUGGAGGAGCUGCGGCCGCUCAUCCCGCUGCUGGAGGCCUACAAGGCGGACGCCCUGCUGGUCCGACGCUUCAAGGAGGAGGCGGCCAACGUGACGGCGCUGCUGCAGGACCAGCUGGGAGCCCUGGACUACCAAGACCUGCACGGCCGCGUGGCGAGCCUGGAGGAGCGGCUGAGGGCCUGCAUGCAGCGACUAGCUUGCGGGAAGCUGACCAGGAUCGCCGAGCCGGUCACCAUCAAGACCUCGGGGUCCAGGUUCGGCUCGUGGAUGACGGACCCGCUGGCGCCGGCGGGGGACAACCGGGUGUGGUACAUGGACGGUUACCAUAACAACCGCUUCGUCCGGGAGUACAAGUCCGUGCAGGACUUCAUGAGCGGCGACAACUUCACCUCGCACCGCCUGCCCCACCCCUGGUCCGGGACGGGUCAGGUGGUCUACAACGGCUCGCUGUUCUUCAACAAGUUCCAGAGUCACACGCUGAUCAAGUUCGACUUGAGGUCGUCGCUCAUCGUGCGCUCGCGCCCGCUGGACAUGGCGGGCUACAACAACAUGUACCACUACUCCUGGGGGGGGCACUCCGACAUCGACCUGAUGGUGGACGAGGGCGGGCUGUGGGCCGUCUACGCCACCAACCAGAACGCGGGGAACAUCGUGCUCAGCCGGCUGGACCCCGACAGUCUGCAGGUGGUCCGCAGCUGGACCACCAACCAUCCCAAGCGCAGCGCCGGCGAGGCCUUCAUGAUCUGCGGGACUUUGUACGUCACCAACGGCUACUCGGGCGCCACCAAGGUCUACUACGCCUUCGCCACCAACUCCUCCACCUACGAGUACAUCGACGUCCCCCUGGGCAACACCUAUGGUCACCUGUCCAUGCUGGACUACAACCCCCGAGACCGGGCGCUCUACGCCUGGAACAAUGGCCGCCAGGUCCUCUACAACGUCACGCUCUACCACAUCAUACAGUGACACGCUAUGAUGUCAUCGUCACGCUCUACCACAUCAUACAGUGACACGCUAUGAUGUCAUCGUCACGCUCUACCACAUCAUACAGUGACACCCUAUGAUGUCAUCGUCACGCUCUACCACAUCAUACAGUGACACCCUAUGAUGUCAUCAUCACAUAGUACCACAUCAUACAGUGACACCCUAUGAUGUCAUCGUCACACUACCACAUCAUACAGUGACACCCUAUGAUGUCAUCAUCACACCCUACCACAUCAUA